AUGUCUUCAGACCUCACGCCUGCCUACCUGGCAGAAGACCGCAGCCGGCCCGCCCUAAUCGGCAUCUGGGUCGUGACCGCGCUGUCGGCCGUCGUCGUGCUCGUGCGGCUUUACGCGCGCAGAGUCCUGAUCCGCGGGCUGGGCUGGGACGACCUCUUCAUCGUGCUUGCGCAGCUAGUAAGCUGGGCAACAACGGCCCUGUGCACGCAAAUCCUGCGCCACGGCUCAGGCCGGCAUCUGCGCGCCCUGAUCCUCGAGUCCCCCGAGAGCCUAGUCAAGAUGUACAAGUGGCUCGUCACAACGCAGAUGGUGUACAUGUUCAACCUGUAUCUGUGCCGUGUCUCCGGACUCACAUUCUACGCGCGCCUGAACCCCAUGCCGCGCUUCAUCUUCUACCUGCGCCUUUCGUUUGCAUUUGGACGGUGCAUUGGGUCCGGCGUGACGUUUAUUUCGACGGGGGCGUUGACGAUCGCGUGCGAUUCGCUGAUUUUGCUUCUGCCCAUUCGGAUUGUGAUGGGGUUGCAGGCGAAGACGGCGAGGAAGGUGGCGCUGUUGGGGAUAUUGUGUUUUGGGAUUUUUGCCGUCGUAACGUCCGUCCUCCGCAUGAUCUCCAUGAUCGUCGCCGUCGACAACGAAGCCGACGCAACCUGGUACUUCUCGCCCGUGGUCGCCUGGACCUGCGCCGAAGUCAGCGCCGCCAUCGUCGCGCUCUCCCUGCCCGCCCUGCGCUCCAUCUUCGGCUUCUUCAAGGAGCGCUCGACCCGUGACCAGAGCAAUUCAUAUCCACAUGCGAGCUCGGGGUCGCGCGGGAUCGGACUGGAGUCUGUUUCCAAGAGCAGCACGAAGCAGGCGCGCGUGUUUCAUGGGAGCGGGAUCUACGAUAAUACGGUUGAUAUUGGGGUUGCGAGGAGUCCGAGUCAGGAGGUUCUUUGGGAUGGGUAUGAGAAUGGGGCGGCUGUGAAUGGAGAGUAUGGCAGGAGGGCUGGGGGGAAGGGGAGUCCGAGGGAGAUUCGGGUGACGGAGACGGUGGAUGUGGAGGUUGGGAGGGGGUAG